AUGACUACCAUACAAGACGAAUUGGCCAGACCGGUUGAAGGGGCCGUGGACAAGAAAAGUGGUCAAGUGAUCAAUCAAGAAAUUCCAAUCGCCCAGCAAGGUCGAACCAAGGUGAAGAAUGGCGGACCUUUUAAUCAGUAUACUGCACAAGCUGAACUGCCCAAACAUUUGAAAAAAGACAAGAAAAAGGCCCCGGUAAUGUUUCUGGUUGAUAGAAUGCGAUUUACCAAGAAAGGAUAUCAUCAGUACUUACCCUAUCGAGAUAUAGAACAUUUCUAUGAACCGCCAGAUCGUCCGGACACUUUUAUGCUGUACGUGAAAGAUAAAAAAGGUCGCAAGAGUUAUGAAACUUAUCGGUGCAACAGUCCACAGGAUGUUCAACGUGUAAAGGAGCUGAUUUACGCGGCAGGGACAGACCGAAAGAAGAUUCUCGAUGGUGAUGGUACUCACAGUAGGCGUACUUCCUACACUUCUUCCACAGAGAGUUCGGAAUAUUAUGUGGAACGAAGACCUUACAGUAGAAUUUCACGACCUCGUUCUACCACUUAUUUGCCUCAAUACUCAACUUAUGGACCUCAAUAUUACUCAACAAUGGAUGCACAACGUUCUCCGAUGGUUGUCUAUCGUAGGCGUGUCAGUCGGGCCCCGAGUGUCGAGCCACGUUACGAAACGUACCGGGCGCCAUCUAUCCGCCAGUCGACGACUUACAUCCCUGCUCAAAAGAGUUACAUGCCUGCAGAUGACGUAACCUACUUGCGAUCGGACAAUGUGAACGGACCGCAGAUAAUGGAUAAUGGACCCGUUUAUAUGUAUGUGUCCCGUUCACGUCCGACAGUUAUUGGACUAGAGACAGAGAGUCAUAACAAUUUAUCUGUGGUAGAAUUGCAUAUCAUGAGCAAAACCAAGGAGAUACUUGGUCGUAUCUCGAUUUCCUCCGGCAUAGACACAUUUCUUCUAAUCCCACCACUUCAGCAAUGUCGAGCCACAUUGCUGCAAAACCUCAAUCAGCUUGUCAAAUCUGGAUUUACACCACAAUGGACACAACCUGGGUCAUCAUCCAAUCCAGAAUUACGGAACAGCUGUGAGACCAGUGCCAAGAACUAUGAUCAACUCAGUUCAGUCCAAAACCCCGGAUCAUCCCGAUCAAUCUAUCCCACUGCAUCUACCCCAGCAACGACCAAUAAUCCAAGUCAAACUCAGUGUGAUCGUCCACCCGUUAGUUUACCCUCAUCGUCACAUAUUGAUCGUGAAUGUCAAACUGAGAUUCCGUCUGAGAGCCCUAAUCAGGCGGAACAAGUAGGAGGACCGUCUAGAUAUCCAGAAUCCGGUUUGUCCUUAACUCGCUCUACUCCAAGUGCCAUCGAUUUGGGCAAACACCCGGCCACUGUUUCCGCCUUGGCUGCGGUGGCUGCAAUGGCAGCAGCCUCCUUUCUCUCGAAAGCAAUGAACAUACAAGCCCCGAUCGAAGAAAGGCAGCCGGAUCAGACGAGCGAAGCUCACGCUGUUGGACCAAACAGCUCUGAACCGAUCUCAGGAGUCAACUGGUUACUCCAAGGACAAGGCCCUAUGCGUGCAAACUCCGGUGCACCAAUUGAAUCUAGUGGAUCAAAGGAAGAUGGUUUGAGCGCACAUCGCGUAAGUACCAUUUCAUGCCGUCAUCAAUGA